ACCAGCCUACGUGUAAACCCAAACGCACCGGAGAACAACACCUCGCAAGUCGAAACAGCUCAAAAGAACUUGGAGAUCCAAACCUCGAUAGACUCUCUCAUAUUUUAUCAGGCCCGUUCAUCUCCCGAAACACAGGAUUCGUCUUUCUCGUUUCCCAAACAGAAAUUCAAGAACCAAAAGAAUCACACACAACAUCAUUUCCAUCAUCUUCUUCUGGUUUUGUUCUUUCUGCAACUCUUCAGGUGGAGAGAAUCAUCGUUUAUCUGAAUCAGGAUUCUUUUGUAUUGUGGAGCUGAAAUCUUUAGUCAUUUGAGCUUGUGCGGUUUUAUCAAAAAAUAUUGGCUGAUAAUUUUGGUGGAGACUUCCAUUGGAUUGAAGAUGAGAGCGAUAUUUCCAUCUGUUCGCCGCAUAAGAGCUGCUUUACGGCAUCAUCAGGUCAAUUACUCGAGCAAUUGUGCGAAGAAGUCAAAGAAUUCGAUAGAUGCGAAUCUUGCUUCUGCUUAUCGAGUUACUUUCAAUGCUGAUGUAAGUAGAUUUUUUACUCCUACAUCUGUGAUCUCAAGAGCUCUGUCGACGGCAGCUGAUUAUGCCAAAGUUACAAUUGGAGCUACAGACGUGAACAGAGCAGGGCCUCUCGUGGAGUAUGAGCGAAGAAUAACAGCGGGUGAACUUGUGGAUGGGGAUACGUGCCAGUUAGGUACUUUGAGAGAACUUCAGAGACUCUAUGACGAGCUUGCUGAAUCUGCUGACACAUGCCAGUUGGAUCGCUAUACAUCUUCAGAGAAAUCUGGAAGGAGUAGGUGGCUGUGGUCUCGUUUCAUGCCUCAGGCUUCUUACUCGCCUGUAAAAGGGCUCUAUCUUUAUGGAGGAGUAGGCACUGGAAAAACUAUGUUAAUGGACUUGUUCUUCGAUCAAUUGCCCUGCAGCUGGAGAAAAAGACGUAUUCAUUUUCAUGACUUCAUGUUGAAUAUUCAUAGCCGCUUGCAAAAGCACAAGGGUCUGGCAGAUCCACUUGAAGUUGUUGCAGGAGAAAUAUCUGAUGAGGCAAUUCUAUUAUGCCUAGAUGAAUUUAUGGUAACUGAUGUUGCUGAUGCACUGAUACUGAACCGUCUUUUCAGACAUCUUUUCAGCAAUGGUGUUAUUCUUGUUGCCACCUCAAAUCGUGCUCCAGAUAACCUCUAUGAAAGGGGAUUGCAGCGGGAUCUUUUCCUGCCCUUCAUUUCUACCUUGAAAGAGAGAUGUGUGGUUCAUGAAAUUGGUUCUUCAGUAGACUACCGGAAAAUGACUUCGGCAGAGCAAGGGUUUUACUUCAUUGGCAAAGAUUUGUCAGCCCUUCUAAAACAAAAGUUUCAACAACUGAGUGGGACAAGUUCAGCUGGUCCAGCAGAGGUGGAAGUAGUGAUGGGAAGGACAUUGAAGGUUCCAAUGGGUGCCAGUGGAUGUGCGUAUUUUUCUUUUGAGGAGUUAUGUGACAGACCUCUUGGAGCUGCAGAUUAUUUUGGUUUAUUCAAGACCUUUCAUACACUAGCAUUGGAAGGUGUCCCAGUUUUUGGCCUCCACAACAGGACUGCAGCGUAUCGGUUUGUUACACUAGUUGAUGUGAUGUAUGAGAACAAGGCCAGACUGUUAUGUACUGCUGAAGGGAGUCCUCAAGAACUGUUUGAGAGAAUAGUAACAAUCUCUGAUGCACAGCAUAUGGCUCCUAGAACCUCUUCAAGAUCAAGGAGAAAUGAUGACUCUGAUCUUUGCGUUGAUAAUGAAUUGGGGUUUGCAAAAGACCGCACCAUUAGUAGACUAACAGAAAUGAAUAGCAAAGAAUACUUGGAGCAGCACGCAGCUAUAGUAGCUGAGAAGCAGGAUUUACAGAAGAUACAAGCAUGAUAUGAGGAGUAACAAACAUGGUAGUUUAGUGGAAUAAUAUGGUUACAGGUUCAUGACAGCUUUGCCAUUCAGGAGGUUAUGGUGCUCCAUUGGUGAGAAGGUUUAGUUGCAUCUUAUGGCUCAUUAGGUCAAUAAAGUUUAAUAACGUAUCCAUAUGUAAGUCAUCAAUCCAAUAGUCUACUCUUUCAGCAUGUUAUAUCAUGCCAUUAAGUUAUAUAAGAGUUCCAUUCUGACAAUAAUGCUGGGUACAUUUGAUUUGAGCAGGGAAGUCUUUUUAACCUGAUACUUGACCCUAUAAGUUGAUGCUUGUGCUUAUGAACUUGUCUGUUUCCAAGCAUAUAAUUUGUCUGUGACUUGAGAAA